CAAAUCUUCUGCUCCAUUCUUGCCUACUCGUUUACUUAUAUGAGUGGAAUGACAUGUUAUCAUGCUCAAGCUUCAAGCAACUAUGGUGACCAAUCCAGACUCGCAACAGCUACUGUCAGGAGGUAGGAAAGAAUUGAAUUGAAGACGUGAUUAGAUCACUCUUCUUAGAGUGUUAUUUGUCCCCACUAAAAAUUGCUGGUAGGCUAGAGCAAACCAGUACCCCCAGGAGUCCCUUCAAUUUUAAGUCUGGAAACAGCAAUCUUGCAGACUUUUGUGUUUAUGAAAUAGAGAAGGAAAAUGGGAAGAAGAAGUAAUCUCUCUUAUCAUGUUAAAAUGAGUUAUGACAGUCAUCUAUUUAUACUUGUGAAACUGGAAGUUAUCUUCCGAAGAGACACAUCCUUUCAUAGAAAAUGUAGUUACUUUCCCCGAAAUGUCACAUCCUUUCACAGAGAAAAGGGAGUUACCUUUCUGGAAGGAAGAACACUUCUUUUCAUAAUAUUCAAACGUUAAUUAAUUAAUAUAAAAAUUAAUUAAUUAAACUGCCAAAAAACUCAAUUCGUAUUCUUUCCUUAUCCCAUCAAUCUGGUAUUACAACUCUAUUAACUACUCUAAUCGCUACUACUGCAUUUCACCCUUUUAGUAGCUAAGAUUGAUAUGUUUUUCCAUCUCCACACAUGAACACACAACAAAGAACUAGCAUUCAAUAAGAUGAUCUAAACAUUAUACGUAACAAGGGUGAAAAAAAAUUUGACUGGCACACCGCCGGCAAAAAAAAAAAAAUUUAUGGUAAAGGCGGCAAUGGACCGAUUUAUAACUUAGCAGUACCGUCUCCCAAUUACUUCCAUAGUGACGGGCUGGGCCAACAGGCCCAUGUUGUUUGAGCUUGGCUUGGGCCGAAUAUAACAACAGAGCGUCUCGGUCAAAUCGUCGAUGCCUUUCUGUGGGAAGGAAUAGCUCCGACGAGGGAUUCUGCUGCUGAUCUCCUCUCUCCGGGAUUCUUCCUCCGCCAAAUUAGUCCCUCGGAAACCGUCGUCGCCGCCCUCUGAAGCCACCUCCCUCUCUCUCAAACCCGCCGGCACUUCCUUAAUAGCUGGUACCCUCUCUCCAACUCUCUCAUGCAUAUUCGCUUUCCGCUGAAGAGCUUCAACGUUUUGCCCUUCUCGUGUUGAAUUAGUGCUCUAGUCUUACGUUUGCUUAGUUUUAUUGAGAAUUGAAGUUUUGGGAUUUCAGUUCUACUCGCUGGUGAUGUUACCCUCUGAAAUUAUCCCGUGUCUGAAUUGGAAUUCGGAGUUUUUGCUGGCUUGCCGGAGUGGUUUAAAAUUCUUAAUUUUCCUUGGUGGGUUUUGUCUGAAUGGUCCCAAAUUUGGUAAAGAUUCGAACUUUUUCUAAAUACCAGAGUUCCCCAUUGCAGUGUUGUUCCUUCACGGUUUUUUGUAUUAGAAGAUAUAUCACAUACCUUGUUUUGAUGGUCAUUCAGGGGUCUUUAAACCCCCAAGCUCCUGUUGGAACAGUUAACUAUUUCAUUGCUAGUUCCGAAAAUGGUUUUCAACCAGCGAUUGGCGUUCCUCAGUUAUCACGUCACUAGCUGCGUCAUUACCCCAAGCGCCCGAAAAUGGUUUUCUGGGCGAGUAUUAUUACCCGGGAAAUCCUUACGAUUCAAGCAGAAUCGUGUACUUUUGCUUAUUGUUUCCUUUCAACACUGUGACUAAACAGGGUUUGGGUUGUAUGUGCAAAUUCAAGCCAUAAUGCGGGUCGGAAGCUAAGGUGUUUUUCAUAUUAAUGGCUGGAGGAGGGCAUCAUCCGCCUAAGUUAGAUGGACGUUCUUCUCUUCAAGCUCCCGGGAUGUUGAGACACGGGUCAUUACCGAAUGGUGUACGUGUGUUGGAUCCUUUGUCUCAUCCAGGUCGCUUGGAGAACAAAGUUGCGGCUCAGGCUGCUGAUAUCGCGCAACUCACUAGUGAUAAUCAAAGAUUGGCAGCAGGGAAUCUAGCGUUGAAACAGGAUCUGGUCGCUGUCCAAAACGAGGCACAGCAACUCAAGGCACACAUCAGGAGCAUCCAGACAGAGAGCGAUAUUCAGAUUAGGGUUUUGUUGGACAAGAUUGGGAAAAGGGAGGCAGACAUUAGGGCUGCUGAAAAUGUGAAGGAAGAUCUUAAGCAGGCGCAUCACGAGGCACGGAACUUGGUCAGGGAUAGAAAGGAGCUAAUUAGCAAAAUUCAGCAGGCCUCCCAUGAAUUGAAAACUAUUCGUGGAGAGUUCAAGAGCUUUCCGGAUCCAGAAGCCGAGCUCGAUGAUUUGAAGCAGGAGUACAAGAGACUAAGGGACACAUUUACGUACGAGAAAGGGUUCAACUUGGCCAAAGUGGAGGAGCUGAAAUCGGCAGAGAAGAACCUGAUUGAGAUGGCAAGCGAUGUGGAAAAGAUAUAUGCCGAAAUCUUGAACGCCGAGAAGAGAGCCCGUGGUGGAGCUCCAUCCGCUGCUAACUAUGGACUAGGUAAUGGUACGUAUGUCGAUUCAUAUAGAAGGCCUCUCGUUCAUCCGGGUAUCGGGGCAGCUGGUGACCAGAUGAUGAAGUCGUACAGGAGUCGCAAUGACGUAGGUGGAAGUAGUGGCGCUGGCCACCAUGAUCAAUAACGGAGAGAGAGCAAUUUGCAAGUAGAAGGUGGAGAACUGCACUUCCUGGAGGAAAGAAGGAAUGUUGUUUAUUUAAUUGGGUGUCUCACACUACCCUUUAUGCUCCCUGUGUUGUGUAGAUAAUAGAUUAAUUAGGUGAAUUUAGAAUCUCCUCCUGGCUGAUUAAUGUAUGCAGAAAGAAUGCAAGUUGAUCUCUCGACAAUGUUAUCAAGCAGGAGUGGUUUUACUGACUGUAGAUUGUUGUAAUGUUUAUCUUUUUUGCUCAUACUGUUGUUCAUUUGCUACUUCGUGCCAGAUUAAUCUAUGCAGAAAGUAUGCCUAUUGAUAUCUGUAACCCAGUGAAACGGUCAAAAGGCAGCAACCAAACCGAAACCACAAACCCAACAGCACCGCGUGGCUUGAACUCCAUGGAUUGGAUUCCUUCGAGCAGAGACGACAGAGAAAGUUCUGCUCCUUUUGAUACUGUUGUUCUUUCUUUUUGGCUAAAGCGAAAACUUUCUUCAUUUGUAAAAACUAAAAAGCUCUGCUCCGUUGGGAGUCUGACAAGUUCAAAUGCUCUGAUUUUUUUAUUAUCGUUAUCAGGAUGACAACGAUCUCUUCCAUUGAAGACGACAGAGAAAGUUCAGUCAUUUACCCAUGAGGUCAAAUGAGAUCUUUUUUUAUUUAAUAACACAAAUGAGAUCAAUAAUAUUAUUUGGUUGUUUUGUUUCCUUCGUAGGAAUCAUCCACUCGCUCUUUCUUGUGCCAUUGUUAUUGUAUCUAGGAUCAGGCCAAUGCCGGUUGACUGUUGUCUUGCUACAGAUUCGAAUGCACCGAUUUCGCUUGCAUAGAGAUAUCCAACUUGGAGGAAAGAAGUUUUCGUUUACUUGUUCGUGCACGAUAACUGACGUCGAAAAUGUAUACUCAAAUUUGAUGUAUUUUACGACUAGAUUCCUUUUCUUUCUGUCGUGGCAAGUUAAGGGACAUCAUUUGGUAGGGUCUAGAUUUCCCGUUUAAUCAACUCGUGCAUUUGAGUCAAUUCCAGUAACUUAGUACCCAAAACUCGUAUUUGUCCGAUUUUCUAGAUAUUAUUUUCUAUUAUAAGACAAUCUUCAAGUGAUUGAGUGAAAUCAGACUGUUGCGUCAUCCAUUACUCCCAACCGAAACAAAACACGAUGAAUGACGAAAAAAAUACUUAUUAUAAGAUGGUAAAUAUAUUUCGAUAAUGACA